AUGAAAGACUUCCGUGUUCUUUUCUUUAGAUUUACAUUAUUGUUUUGUUUUCUGUUAUACUGUAAUUCUGAAAUAAUCUCAACUUCAUAUGGAGACCUAGAUGGAGAUCAAAUCGGAGAGUUUCAUUUAUUCAAAAAGAUUCCAUUUGCGAGACCUCCACUUGGAAAGUUGAGAUUCCAGAAACCAGAAGAACCGGAGAAAUGGGAUAGUGUAAGAAAUGCUAAAGAAUAUGGGCCGGCAUGUUUAUCAAACUCCACAGUAACAACAAGUCCUCAAAAAUGGGUUGACGAAGAUUGUCUUCAUGUGAACAUCUUCACUUCAAGUAAAUGUUUGAAAUCGAAAGAUUGUGCCGUGGUAACAUAUUUUCACGGAGGAGGUCUUCAUUAUGAUUCCGCAGUUAUGUUCAAUGACACUUAUCUUCUAGGAACUUUUGUUAAUCAAGAUGUAAUUCUUGUGAUUCCUGCUUUUCGACUUGGAAUUUUCUCUCAUUUUGUUGUCGAAGAUCAGAGUGUUGCCCCGAACAAUUUGGCUAUUUAUGAUAUUCUCCGCGCACUGGAGUUUGUCAAAUCGGAAAUUCAUAACUUUGGAGGAGACAACAAGAAAGUGACAAUUAUGGGACACUCUUAUGGUGGAGCACUUGCCUCCAUUCUCACUUUUAGUAACCGAAUAAAUAAUGAUUUGAGUUUGUUUCAAAGAGCAAUCAGUAUGUCAUCUGGCCAUGAUUUUGAUCCAUUGGAAUUCCAAAUUCAAAAAACUAAACGAUUUGCAAAACGUGCAAAGUGUGUUGUUCCUGAAGAGAUUGGAAAAAAAUUAACCUCGAGUCAAAAGGAUUUGUACUCUAUGAAAUGUUUGCAGAAUAAGGAUUCAAUGGAACUUUUGAGAAUUCAACGAGAAUUGGAAGAGGAAGGAUAUCCGACAUAUGCGUUCACCGUCCAGCGUGAGCCUCUUUUUCAAGAAGUUCCGUAUCAUCAGUUCAUGAAUACUUCUAAACAUAUUCCAAUAUUGACUGGCUGUACAAGAUACGAAAUGGAUCAUUCUCCAAGUGACAAACCAAUUGGAGAAUCAGUUGGAUAUGAUAAUCCAAUAGAAGUGGAUAUGAAAUAUCGAAAGGAUCUGAAGGAAGGAAAUUAUGAUUUUGGAAAUCAUGCGGAUGAAACCCAAGCAAUAAUGGUACAAGUGAAAAUUCGAGCAGAGCGAAUGAUUCGAAAUGGAGUACCUUCGUAUCUCUACGAGUACACAUAUCCAAAACACGCAAAGCAUACUGAUGAUCUUUUCUAUUUGAUGGGUGUUCAUCGGUUCGAUAAGGAUGAAAAUGAAGAGAAAUUGGCAAGAGUUUAUGAGAAGAUUUUCAUGAAUUUCGCAAAAUAUGGGGAGCCAAGAGAAGGUUUCGAAGUGGCAAAUAUAGAGAAUACAUCUUAUUAUGAUGUGUAUUGGAAUGAAGAAACCGGAGAGAGACCACAGAUGAAAAAUGGAUUCGAAAAGAAAAUCUUGAAUUAUUGGCUCAAAGACAUGGUGGAAUACGAUAGAAAUCUUACCGCUUCGAGAAAAAAAGAAUCAGUGAAACCUGCAAUGAGAUUCUAUAAAGAAUCAUCUAAACAACAUCAACUGCCGUAUAUGUUCAUUAGUUUGAUGCUCGUUUCUUCUAUAUUUAUGGCUGGAUGUUUAUUCGGAAGAUGUUGUUGUAAUGGUAGCAGAAAUAGGAAUUUAUACAUUCGCAUAGAUGGAAAUGAUGUUCCAGCUGGUACUUUGAAAUCCUUCUAA